UAUUUUCCAUAGUUUCGAACUUCAAAAAUACGAUCAUGAAGGUCAGCAAAAGAUUAGCUUAUGGAGCUGUUCUAAUCCUUCUCUUUGUUUCAGAAUUUUUGACAGGAUUAGCAACAGCAACAGCAACAACAGAUGGUUCUUCACGAAAACUCGAUACAGUGAUCGGGAUCGAUCUCGGAACCACUUACUCUUGUGUAGCCGUUUCUCGAAACGGCGCAGUAGAGAUUAUAGCCAAUGAUCAAGGCAACAGAAUCACUCCAUCAUGGGUCGCAUUCUCCGGUACUGAGCGUCUCGUCGGAGAGGCUGCGAAAAAUCAAGCAGCUUCCAAUCCAGAAAACACCAUCUUUGAUGUUAAACGUCUCAUUGGAAGAAGGUUUGAUGAUCCAGAAGUCCAAAAAGAUAUAAAAAUGUUGCCAUAUAAGGUGGUGAAUAAGGAUGGUAAACCAUAUGUACAAGUUGAGGUUAAAGGGGAAACAAAAGUGUUUAGCCCUGAGGAAAUUAGUGCUAUGGUGCUAGGGAAGAUGAAGGAGACAGCUGAGGCAUAUUUAGGCAAAAAAGUCCAACAUGCUGUAAUUACAGUACCAGCUUAUUUCAAUGAUGCACAAAGGCAAGCAACAAAGGAUGCAGGUGCCAUCGCCGGACUCAACGUAGCUCGAGUAAUCAACGAGCCUACAGCAGCAGCUCUAGCCUACGGUCUCGACAAACAAAAGGACGCCGAAAAAAACAUUCUAGUGUACGAUCUCGGCGGCGGCACAUUCGACGUCAGCAUAUUGACACUCGACGGAGGCGUCUUCGAGGUUCAUUCCACGAGCGGCGACACUCACUUAGGAGGAGAAGACUUCGAUCACAAAGUGAUGAACUACUUCGUCAAAUUGAUCAAAAAGAGGUUCGGUAAAGAUAUCAGCACUGACAAAAAAGCGCUCGGAAAGCUUCGGAGGGAAGCCGAGAGAGCUAAGAGAGCAUUGAGUAGCCAACACCAAGUGAGGAUCGAGAUUGAGUCGCUGUUCGAAGGGAACGAUUUUUCGGAGUCGCUGACGAGGGCGAGGUUCGAGGAGUUGAAUGUGGAGUUGUUUAAGAAGACUUUAGGUCCUGUGAAGAAGGCAUUGGGAGAUGCGGGUCUGAAGAAAUCUGAUAUUGAUGAGAUUGUAUUGGUUGGUGGGAGUACUAGAAUUCCUAAGGUUCAGGAAUUGUUGAAGGAUAUGUUUGACAGGCGAGAGCUGAGUAAAGCUGUGAAUCCUGAUGAAGCUGUGGCUCAUGGUGCUGCUGUUCAGGGUGCUGUUCUUAGCGGCGACAACGAUGACAAAAUCAAAGACAUUCUAUUGAUCGACAAGACAUCAUUGAGUUUAGGAAUUGAAACAGUUGGUGGAGUGAUGACCGUAUUGAUCCCGAGACACACUGUUAUUCCAACUAAAAAAUCUCAGAUUUUCAGCACUUAUCAAGACCAGCAAACCACUGUCUCAAUCAAGGUCUACGAAGGCGAAAGAAGCUUGACGAAAGACUGUCACGAGCUAGGAAACUUCGACCUAUCAGGAAUUCCUCCAGCACCAAGAGGAGUAGCUCAAAUUGAAGUAACAUUCGAGGUAGAUGUUAACGGAAUACUCCACGUAAAAGCCGAAGACAAAGCAGCGAAGAAAUCACAAUCUCUCGCCAUUAAGAACGAAAAAGGGCGUCUCUCGGACGAGGAGAUACAGCGAAUGGUCGAGGAGGCUGAAGAAAUGGCGGAAGAGGAUCGAAAAGUUAAAGAGAAGAUCGACGCGAGAAACAAGUUGGAGAGUUAUGUUUAUAACAUGAGGAAUACUGUGAGUGAUAAAGAUAAAGCUGGUGGUAAAAUUGAUUCUGAUGACAAGGAGAAGAUUGAGAGUGCAUUGAAGGAUGCUCUUGAAUGGUUAGAUGAUAAUCAGGAUGCUGACCGGGAUGAUUACGUGGAGAAGAUGAAUGAGGUGGAAGAUGUUUGUAAUCCAGUCAUCAGGAAACUAUAUGAACAGAGUGGUGCAAAUGCUAACUCAGCUGAUUCUGAAGAUGAAGAGCUUUAUGAUGAACUGUAGAAACUAGAUAGUUUAGUUUAUAAGGAGUUGUGUUUUUUCUUUUCUUUUAAAUUCUAUCUUCUUCUUUUAAUUGUACUUUUGAUUUUUAAUAACAUUAUACUAAGGAAUUUUUUUAAUAAAA